UGAAAAAUCAUUCCCGCCAGAAACAUCCACCGAGGAUCACCAGUAAUAUAAAAUAUAUUUUUGAUUUUAUUAAUUUAAAAUUACAAAUAUGAAGUCGUUCGGAGCUCUAUUAGUGCUGGUCGCGAUGGCUAGCGCCGCACCGCAGUUCCAAUACCAACAGCCACAGUACCAGGGCCAACAGAUCCCUAUUUUAAGACAGACGCAGGAGGUAAAUUUUGAUGGUACCUACCAAUACAGUUAUGAAACUGGAAACGGUAUCGCCGCUCAGGAGCAAGGGUACUUGAAGAACGCCGGAGUGAAAGACGCCGAGGCUCAAGUUGCCCAGGGUUCUUACAGCUACACAUCGCCAGAGGGCAUCCCGAUCGCUGUAUCCUACAUUGCUGAUGAGAAUGGAUUCCGUGCGGAGGGCGCUCAUCUUCCCACCCCUCCUCCGAUCCCUGAAGCCAUCGCCCGUGCUCUCCAGUACAUUCAGUCCCAACCCCAACAGCCCCAGCAAGUUUUCCAACAACAACCUUUUAGAGGUUAGAUCUCAACGAAACGCCCUCUACCGAUCAAGGCAACGAACCUUGUAGUGCUACCAGAACAUGAUACAAUUAAGUAUAGCGAUUUGUUACUGUGA